AGAUCUGUAUGGUGGGCGCUCCAUUAAAACCGUUGGCGCUCCUGACCUUGGCGUCGUGAAUGCGCAAAGCACACAGACUGUGCGAAGCAAGCAGAUAAGAGCGAAGAUCUGUGCGUUAGAUACCGAAAGCGGAGAAAUAUUCCACUCACAUCCCUUUGUCCUAUAGCGUGACAGACGGGCAUGGUAUGGAGGAAAUCUCGGGAUGGAGCGCGUUUCAGCUUCUGUAAAAGCAGACCUAGAUUAAACAAGCUUCCCAGUCACAACGUGAGGCAGCGCACACACUACAGCAGUUUGCGAUGCUACGUGGGCUGUGGCUUGGUUUUCUCCAUUCGUAUGCACUGCAAUGCAAAGAUGCAAGGGCACUGUCUUGUCCAGACCAUGUGGCUGGCUACGUUCAGAGGCCAUCUGUUGCCUGCACACCUGCUACAUCAGCAAGGGAUUGCAACCGUCACCCACUGUGCUCUUCUUUGGUGGAUAAUAUGUUCCUGCUGGUCGCUAACCAAAGCAACAAGCCAGAAAUUCUACCCGACUGUCACAACCCAGUUUGGAAAACUACGAGGGCUCCGGGUUCCUGUGCCCAGUGAGGUCCUCAGGCCGGUUGAUCAGUAUCUCGGGGUCCCUUACGCCGCCCCGCCUGUGGGUGAGAAGCGUUUCAUGCCCCCCGAUCAGCCCUCCUCUUGGUCAGGCAUCAAGAAUGCUACCCACUUCAUGCCUGUGUGCCCUCAGAAUAUCCACAACACAGUGCCGGAGAUCAUGAUGCCCAUAUGGUUCACAUAUAACCUGGACACAGUAGCCACAUACAUCCAGGAUCAGAGCGAGGACUGUUUGUAUUUAAACAUCUACACUCCGACAGAAGAUGGGAGCCAACACAAGAAAAAGGGGGCGGCUUUCUCAAAUGCUGAGACUCAUAUAUCAGAAGAUAUAAGGGACUCUGAAGCUCGACCUGUGAUGGUUUACAUCCACGGAGGUUCAUAUAUGGAAGGCACUGGCAACAUGAUGGAUGGCAGCAUUUUGGCCAGCUAUGGGAACGUCGUUGUGGUCACACUCAAUUACAGAAUUGGAAUAUUAGGCUUCCUCAGUACAGGUGACCAGGCAGCCAAAGGAAACUAUGGCCUCCUGGAUCAGAUUCAAGCACUCCGUUGGAUAAGUAAAAACAUUGGUUACUUUGGUGGGGACCCAGGUCGCAUCACAGUCUUUGGAUCAGGGAUCGGUGCAUCCUGCGUCAGUCUGCUAACACUUUCCCACCACUCAGAGGGUCUGUUCCACAGAGCCAUCAUCCAAAGUGGCUCAGCGCUGUCAAGCUGGGCUGUCAACUACCAGCCAGUCAAGUACACUCGCAUGCUUGCUGAGAGAGUUGGCUGCAAUGUGUUGGACACAGUGGACAUGGUAUCUUGCCUACAGAAGAAGACUGCGAAGGAGCUGGUAGAGCAAGACAUCCAGGCUGCCCGCUACCGUGUGGCUUUUGGCCCUGUCAUCGAUGGAGACGUCAUCCCAGAUGACCCUGAGAUCUUGAUGGAGCAGGGAGAGUUCCUUAACUAUGAUAUAAUGCUGGGUGUAAAUCAGGGUGAAGGACUCCGCUUUGUCGAGAACGUGAUGGACCUGGAGGAUGGUGUGUCUGGCAGUGACUUUGACUUUGCUGUGUCAGACUUUGUGGACAGUUUGUAUGGGUACCCAGAGGGGAAGGACACCCUGAGAGAGACGAUUAAAUUCAUGUACACAGACUGGGCUGAUAAAGAUAACCCAGAGACCAGGAGGAAGACUCUGGUUGCUCUCUUCACUGACCAUCAAUGGGUGGAGCCAUCAGUGGUGACAGCUGACCUGCACGCACGCUAUGGCUCACCUACAUACUUCUACGCCUUCUAUCACCACUGCCAGAGCCUUAUGAAGCCAGUGUGGUCAGACUCAGCACAUGGAGAUGAGGUGCCUUACGUAUUUGGCAUACCCAUGGUGGGCCCGACAGACCUGUUCCCCUGCAAUUUCUCUAGGAAUGACAUCAUGCUCAGUGCCGUGGUCAUGACAUACUGGACUAACUUUGCAAAGAGUGGUGAUCCUAACAAACCAGUACCACAGGACACCAAGUUCAUCCACACUAAGGCCAAUCGCUUUGAGGAGGUAGCUUGGUCUAAGUACGACCCCUAUGACCAACUCUACUUACACAUUGGUCUGAAGCCUCGCAUCCGUGACCACUACCGUGCCACAAAAGUGGCCUUUUGGAAACACCUGGUGCCCCAUCUCUACAACCUCCAUGAUAUGUUCCAUUAUUCCUCCACCACAACCAAAGUCACCCCUCUGGAUCCCACCCUGUCCAGUGGUAAGAGGUCAGGCAGCACCGGACGACCUCCUUUGUCCACUGCCCACAGCGAUGGUGAAGGCGGAAGAGAGAUGGGUCCUCUGAUCAUGCCCAACCCGAGAGAUUACUCCACAGAGCUCAGCGUCACCAUAGCUGUUGGGGCAUCGCUGCUAUUCCUCAACGUUCUGGCCUUUGCUGCUCUGUACUACCGUAAGGACAAGCGAAGUCGCCAAGAAACCUCCCAGCAGCCCAGUCCCCAGCGUGAAAGCAAAGGCAACAAUGCAGGCCACACCAACACAGUAGAUGAGACCCUGUCAUCUCAGCAAAGGAGCCCCUGUGAGGCCCUUCACAACCCUCUCCACGUAUCGCCCAGCUACUCUCUCAGCCAGCGCCGCUCCCCUGAUGACAUCCCUCUGAUGACCCCAAACAACAUAACCAUGAUCCCCAACUCCCUAAUGGGCCUUUCCAACAUGAGUCCCUAUAGCACCUUUCCUGCUGGCUACAGCUCUGCAGGUCUGCCUAGCACGCACUCCACCACUCGGGUAUAGCUUGGCAGAAGGUGGAGAUGACAAAUGUGACAUACAUGAAACAUGAAAUGUAAAGCUGUACUUAGGAUGUGUAAGUAAAAUAGGAUUGAGUAUGUUUGUUCUGUCUUUUCCAAAGGUGUCAAACCACCAACAUCCUGCCUUUGCGCUCUCAUAAUAAGAAGUUUAACUGCAAAGUCAUUUUAUAGUAAUCAUUUUCAAAGGCAGUCUAAAAGAAAAAAUUGCAUUUCAUUUUCCACUUUAGCUUUUUUGGGACUUUACCUUGCAAGAACUUAGUAUAAUGUUUAUACAGUUGGAUUUGUAUGGGAAGCUUUUUCUUACUCUGUAAUAUCUAUUUUGCUCUCGUGGAAAAAAGUGACAAUACAACUCAUGGUGGACAGAGAUUAGAUCUGGGCAAAGCAGAAAAGCAGUAUUAUUGUUACAAUUAUCAAGCUAUUUUAUACAUAUUUCUCAUACAACAUUGCUUAUUAUGAAGACGUAUUUUUACUGUUAUUACUUUAAACUGCCUUGUACAUUGCUAACACAAAGAAUUACUGUGAAAUCACAACAGUAACAGAGGAAAACUUUACUCAAAUACUGGUCAUACAUGGUAAAAAUGUCCGACUUAUCCAAAAUGUUUCUAUCAAGUAGCGCGCUUGUGUGUGUGGGUGUGUGCGGGUGUGGAAGCGUGUGGGCCUGCUGAAAACCGAUUCAAAAUGUAAAUUAGGCAUUGUUUAAAAUUAACUAUUCAGUUUCACAUAUGUAGUGUUGUGUAAUUUAUUGUAGUCUACUUGAGUAUCUUUGCUCUAUUUCGGCUUUAUGUGCUUAUGAUUUCUUUGCUAAAUACAUUGUAGAAAUAUAAAUUCUACUUCACUAUAAACAAAAAAAAGCUUAAAAUGUGUUUUCCUGAUCUAACGAACUCAUUUUUACUUUUUGGCUUGGCUUGUUUGUACAGACUAAACAUAGACUGAUAUUUAAUUUGUUGUUCGUUUAUGGACACUGUAAGGUCUUCAGAGAUGACUGUAAUUACAUUGUAAUUGUAUGUAUUCAAAUUCAGUUACUCACAUUUAAAGGUAGUUUUAUGAACCUUACAGGACAUUGUUCCUUCCUCAAGUUGUUUGGACCCUGUUCAAGUUAUAUCCAAGGGUCAUCCUUUCUCGAAUGGACGUGACGGACAUCAAGCUUUGAGAUUUGAUUCCUUUGAACUUAUCAUAGCAUUGUUUAAUCUAAAUGAGAUGGCUAUUAAAAGAUUUUUGGAACUAAAGAUGAGUCUUGUCAGACAUUGAGCUUUGGUUUUAGAGUAUGUAGUUAUUGCAAAAUUCAAAAGGGAUGAAGAAGAUGAGAAGAAUCUCAUCAAACGUUUGGAGCUGAUCAGAACAAGCUGUGGGACAUGGAGGCAUUGAGUUAAAAAGAUGUGAGUGCA